AGGUGCUUUUGACAACAUGUAUGGCAAUGGCUCCAUUUACGCCUUUUUUCACUGAAACUCUUUUCCGAAACUUGCGGAAGGCUUCCAAUGGAUUAGAGGAAAGUAUUCAUUACUGUAGUUUCCCUUCUGCUAGUGGACAGAGAGAUGAGCGCAUUGAGCAAAGUGUUACAAGGAUGAUGAUCAUCAUUGAUCUUGCCCGAAACAUCCGUGAGAGGAACAACAAACCUCUUAAAACUCCAUUAAGAGAGAUGAUUGUUGUUCAUCCCGAUGCUGGAUUUCUUGAAGACAUCACUGUCAAACUUAAAGAGUAUGUACUUGAGGAGCUUAAUGUAAAAGCAAUCCUUCCUUGCAACGAUACAUUGAAAUACACAUCUUUAAGAGCCGAACCAGACUACAGCAUCUUAGGUGUCAGGUUGGGAAAGGCUAUGGGAUCUGUUGCUAAGGAGGUCAAGGCAAUUAAGCAGGCUGAUAUUUUAGCUUUUGAAAGCUCUGGAGAAGCUACAUUUUCUGGCCACUGUUUAAAAUUUAAUGAAAUUAAGGUUCUGCGGGAAUUCCAGAGACCUGCCAACAUUACAAAGGAAGAAAUGGAUGCUGCAGGGGAUGGUGAUGUCCUUGUGAUAUUGGAUCUGCGUGCUGAUGAAUCCCUGUAUGAGGCUGGGAUUGCACGUGAGGUGAUUAAUAGGGUCCAGAAACUAAGAAAAAAGGCUGGUUUGGAACCCACUGAUUUUGUGGAGGUUUUCUACGAGUCAUUGGACGAGGACAAAAUUGCUUUAGAAAACAUUGUGAAGUCACAGGACCAAUCCAUCAGAAAAACCCUGGGUUCACCUUUGCUUCAUCACACAAUGAUUUCUAAAGAUGCUGUUAUUUUCUGCCGUGAGGAAGUACAUGGAGUUUCUGGUUUUUCAUUUGCCAUCACAAUCACAAAGCCUACUUUGAUGUUUCUUUUAGAAGACAUUGUUAAAUUAUUUUCUGGAAAUAACAAGUUCGCUGAAGCUUUGUGCACUUAUCUGCUAUCUAGGGACCAUUCGAAGUUAAGAUCAGAGUUCCAGGCUGGAAAGGGCAAGAUAACAAUUGAAUGCUUAGAAAAUCAACCUGUGGUCGAUGUGGAACUAGGAAAACAUUUAUAUCUAUGCACUGGGGAUUAUCACUUGAGCAGAACAGUGUAGAAGAGAGUAUAUUGUUAUACAGCGGAAGAAGAAAUAUGGAAAGGAAGGGCAUAGCUAUUCCAAAUGUAAUGUCAUGUACUACUUAUUUUAUUUUUUGUUGUUGUCUAGAUGUUUAUCACUUUUUAUUCAUUUUCUGCUCUUCCUUGUAUAAUCUUAUGGUUAUUGUAUUUAUCUUUUUCAUUAAAGUCAGCUUAAUUGUACA